GUUCUUCUUAACACCUGUUGUUCAUGUGUUCAAUUCAGUGUCGGUUUUCAGGUUUGGGAAAAAACAACUGUACCGACAUGGACAUGUUGAGUAAGAUUUGUCUGGUCCUCAUUCUAUCCAUAUUUGUUUGUGUCAUCACUGGAAGUCCAAUAGGUACUUCAACCAUAAAUUGUAAUGCGGUGACUCCUCCUAAAUAUUUGGGUGAAGUCAAUGAAGGAUAUUCAGGGGAUGUGGAGAGGAUAGAGGGUAUCGCGGCAGGAACCAGUGUGAAGUUAGUGGACCAUAUCUUUGUUCCCCACCUUGAGUUUCUGGAGCUGAGUUUCACACCUGGGGACACCUUUGCAGUUGUUCGCACCAAGAAACCUCUAGAUGCAGAUGUUCCGAUGUCUAGCGCUACCACCCUGUAUUAUUCUGUCAUGUGUGAUGGUGCUAUUAAGUACAAUAACACUCGGACACUGAAAAUCAUUGAUGUCAAUGACAACGCUCCGAUAUUUGAAAAGAAACUGUACUCCAAAGAUGUCUCUGAGACACUUAAUCUGAAUGCUGAGGUUAUUCGAGUGACAGCUACGGAUGCAGACGCCACUUCGGAAAACAAUAGAGUGACAUAUUCCAUUGCACCAGCCACAGAAGACUUUGAAGUUACUGACUCGGGGGCGUUUAUGUUGAAAAGACGUUUGAACUACAACGCAGUCCAAAACUACCACUUUACUGUGACGGCCAAGGAUAAAGAAGGACUGAAUGACACAGCCUCGGUGGUGAUUAAUGUAGAUGACUUUGAUAACUUGAAUCCCUAUUUCAGCCACAGUCUGUACCAGGCUUUUAUUUCAGAGAACCAACUUGGAUUAUUCUAUACCAUUCAACCAGAGGAAAUAAAGGCACAAGAUGGAGAUAUUGGGAUCAACAUGACUUUAACUUAUACCAUCAGUGGUGUUUCUCCAGACAAAUAUCAAAGAAACUUUAACACUGACCCCUCCAGUGGAGUUUUGUCUGUGAUUGCUGCCUUCGAUAGAGAGGAAAUGAACAGCAGCAUGAUCUCUAUCACCAUCAAGGCAGCCCAAACAGACGACAGUAUGAAGACAACUGAGACAGUAGUCUCUGUCACCGUAGAGGAUGUUAAUGAUAAUGCUCCAGAGUUUGAUGAACCCAGCUACUCUGUGACACUUCUGGAAAACUCGCCCGUUGAUGCUGUUCUGUUCAAAGCUUCUGUCACUGAUCUCGACCAGGGAGGGUUUGUGGGAACAAUGAGGAUCAUUCCAGAGUCUGCUCCUUUCUCUAUCAGCUCUGAUGGGACAGUCAGAGUGAAAAACUCUACAGCUCUCGACCGAGAGACCACUGAAACAAUCACAUUUCAGGUAGAAGCAAGAGAGCAACAUGAACCCAACAAUGUUGCAACAACACAAGUUACUGUGACUCUUCUGGAUGAAAACGACAACAUUCCUAAAUUCACCAGCGGCAUGUAUGAGGGAAAAGUGUUUGCAAAUCAAACAGAGGGAUUGUUGCUGGUCCAGGUUCGGGCAGAAGAUCCAGAUGUCGAUGUAAAUGGGCAGAUUGCAUACUCUAUUGACUUUGGGAACAGUAGAGGAUACUUCACAAUCGAUGAAAACACCGGAGAAAUUACACUAGCUAAAACCAUUCCCCUGCAGGAAAACCAGAUUUUGGAGUUCCCUCUCUACGUAACAGCAAAAGAUGGUGGCGUCAUACCUCGCUCCUCCUCAGCACAAGUGAAUAUUUUUGCUCCUGGUGAUUCAAAACCUCAGUUUUUACAAAAACUUUACCAUUUUACCAUAGAGGAGGAGCAGGAGCCAGGAGUUGCAGUUCUUAAGGUUAACUACCUUGCAGUAUAUCCUGCUAUUCCUGUGUUUUUAGUUGCAACAGAAGGUGACAAAUUCAAAAUCUCCGACAGCGGUGAAUUCACCACCAAGGUUAAGCUUGACCAUGACGAAGGUCCUCAAAACUACUCAGUAGAAAUUACCAUCACUGACGGAACAAGCAGCGACACUGCCGUGGUUGAGAUCCAAGUCACUGACAUCAAUGACAACAGUCCAGUUUUUUCCUCCAGCUCAGUCACCAAAUCUGUUCUGGAGGAUGCAGAGGUAGGAUUCAAUGUUACUGCAGUUCCAGCUACAGACAAAGACAGUGGCUUCAACAAGGAGAUCAGAUAUUCACUGAGAGGAGGAGAAGGGAGCUUUUCUAUUGAUCCUGUGUCUGGGAUGGUCAGUUUGGCUGGUGCACUUGACAGGGAGACCAAGGCAGAAUACAGCCUGCUGGUGGUGGCUGAAGAUCAGGGUCGUCCAGCCAGGUCAGCCACAGCCACUCUGACAGUACAAGUAUCUGACAUCAACGAUAACACGCCAAAGUUCUCAGUGGCUGAGUAUCAGGUUGAAAUCUUAGAAACAGAGUCAGUGGGUGCAAGCUUGCUCACCUUAUCAGCUCUAGAUCCUGAUGAAAGUGUAAAUGGAAUAGUUACGUACAGCAUUUUUCAGCAAAGCCCUUCAACAGACCCUGCUGUUUUUGAUUUGGAGUUGUCCACUGGGAUCCUGCGACUGGUCCAGCCUCUAGACUACAGUGAGGUGAAUAUGUAUACCCUGAAAGUUCAGGCCACUGAUGGGGGAACACCUUCUUUGGUUGGGAAUGGCUCAGUGGUGGUGAAGAUAAAGGACGAGAAUAAUAAUCCACCUGAGUUCAGUAAGGAAAUCUAUCACAUGCCCGUCUAUGAGAACCUGCCCGGUGGUGCAUCCAUCCUGGUGCUGGAGGUUACUGACAAGGAUGAGGGUGGAUUCUCCAAUGGCUACUUCCUUUACAACAAUGACACUUUUGAGAUCAAUAAGCAGGGUGUUGUCUCACUGAGAAGAGAUGUAGCCUUGGACAGAGAGACAAAAGACAGCUAUUUGUUACAGGUUGUCGCAGUGGAUCAAGUGACUAAUGGUCUGAGUUCCACGGCUGAGCUCAAUUUCACAAUCCUUGAUUACAAUGACAAUUCUCCACAAUUCCCAAGCAUUCCUGACCCACUGAUGAUCAUUGAAGGCAAUUACUCAAAGGAAAGCCCAGGAGAAAUUUUUACCAUCACACCCACAGACGCAGACCUUGGGCUAAAUGGAGAGGUCACCCUCUCCCUUAUCUCCCCCCACCCACUCUUUAGAUUCAGAGAGGAUGGGACAUUGCUGGCUAUUGGUCCUUUGGAUCGGGAGAACAGGGAAACAUAUGACCUGACUGUGAAGGCUUUAGACAAAGGCAACCCUCCAAGAGAGAACUUCACCUCCAUCAGAGUAAGCCUCGCUGACCUGAACGAUAACAAACCCGUGUUCAGUUCCAGCGACUACGUCAGCACCAUCCUGCUGAAAGACGCAGAGGAAGGAAAGCUUUUGCUCACGCUGUCUGCUACUGACAGAGACACUGGGAACAAUUCUCUCAUCACCUACAGUUUCUCUGGAGAAGGUUCUCCAUACUUGGACCUAAACACCCAGACUGGGAAUGUGACUUUGACCUCUAAAUUUGCUGAUUUAACAGAAGAUACCACACUUGUGCUGACAGCUGUGGCCACAGACCACGGCCAGUCCCCUUUGAGCACCACAGCUCGUGUUGUGGUGAAUCUGAAGAUUUCCAGUCUGACUGAGAAUGUGGCCUUCCUGAGCUUCUCCUAUAACUUCAGCCUGCCUGAGAACCAGGAAGCAGGGGUUUUGGUAGGCAAGGUCACUGCCUCCUCAGGAAGCAACCUUUACAAUGUCACAUAUUCGCUGAAUACACAUGAAGACCUGUUCUCCAUAAACCUCAGUGGAGCCAUCUUCACCAAAGCACAGCUCGACAAAGAACAGCAGGAAUGGUACUUCUUGGAAGUGGAGGUUGUGGACACACGGAACCCACCUACAUCAGCAAUGACGACGGUUAGAGUUCAGGUGGAGGAUGUGAACGAGUCACCACAUUUUCCCCCAGAGGUUUAUAGUGCCUCUGUAUUCAGCAUUGCCCCCUAUAAAACUCCUGUCAUCCAAGUGAAGGCUUCAGAUCCUGAUGUUGGAGAUGUGGGGCAGCUGGUCUACAGUUUGACAGCAGAAAGUCCUUAUUUUGACAUGGACCCAUCCUCAGGUCUGCUCUAUGUGAUCUCAGCAACAGAACUGGCUGGACAGACAGCUAAAAUGGAGGUGAAGGCCACUGAUCCCCACGAUCUUCAUGCUACCGCUAUAGUGGAGGUGAUGGUUCAGGCAAGUGCAAGCAGCUCCGACAUUGUGACCAUCUCACUUAAUCAGCCUGCUAACAUUGUGGAGAAGAAAGUUGAAGAUUUAUCGACGUCUUUGGGCAAAGUUCUGGGCUGGACUGUGAACAUCGUUCAGGUGUUCAGCACUAACGACGGAUCCACUGGCACCCGAAACCUGAGAGUUUCUGUGAGGACUUUGGUCAGCUUCUUUGCUGUAGAUGGAGGGCAGGUUGUUUCCUCUGAAGAAGUCAUAAAGAAACUGCAGAGCCAAUCAGAUGCUGUGAAUGCAGAGCUGUCUCAGCUGUUUGGGGAGGAGCUUCAUUUUGAUGUUGAGAUUAUGGACCCUCAAGGGUCCACCUCCAAUCAGGCGGUGAUCAUUGCUCUGGGCAUCCUGCUUGGGCUGAGCAUCCUGGGAUUGAUUAUUGCUGUUGCUUUUCUCAUCAGGUUCCAUACGAAGGGGAAACAGGGGAAGAGUUCUGACAAAAAUCAUAUUCCCAUGGACCAACAGUCUGAGAGUUCCAUAAAUAGUUCUCGAAAACCUUCACACACCUCUGAACAGGGCUUAGGGAAAGGGGAAACAUCAGCAGAUCCCAGACCUUCAAGUCCGUCGUCUGAGUCUAUGACCAGCAGCCACCAUUUCUGAGCUGAAAGUCUUUCUACAUUAUAUAAGAAUCAACACCAUAAACAACAUAACUGAAAAUGUAUUUAAUUUUUCCCCUUGUCUUGAUAUUUUGUUUAUUUUUUAAUGAAUGAACAUGAAUGAAAAUAAGAGUGAAUAAAAGUCGAGAGGCACUCGGUGUAUGCACAAGAUGUACAGAAAUAAACUACAAGAAUGAUUAUUA